UCCUUCUCUCCUUCUCUCCACUACCACCUGUAUCCUGCGUGUCCCUCGCUCCUGCUCCGUGCUCUCGCUCCCUGUCGUGGCCUAUAUUACUCCUCCCUGCCCCACCUAAUCUCCAGCUCGACUCAGCCCUUCGACGACAAGACUUCGCUUCCGCCUUCUUGCGGCCCAAACUCCACCCAAUAUGGACGGCCAGUCCUCGUUCGACGCCUCACUCGCCGGUCCGAGCGACGCUGCUCUGCGGCGCUCCUCGGCAUCGCUGAUCAAGAGCAGCGACAGCACGGCGGGCAUUGCGCUGCUGCCGCGCUCCCUCUUCCUGCCGCGCGCUUCCUCGCUGCAACGACGAAACGCAAGCACGCACAUGCUGCUCUCGCUCGACCGCAUCGUGCCCGAGAUGCAGGCGCUCGAUGAGCGGGCAGAGGAGGGCCAGUUCGACGACGCAGAGGUGGAGCCGGCGUUCGAGACAGUGGCCAUGCCUGCCGCUCCUCACCCUUCUUCGUACGCACCGCCCAGCCUCACAUCGCGCUCAGCCACGCACGAGGCCGACGGCGACAGUCUGGCUGCAAACCUGCAUCACGCCUCCGUGGCGCUCGAGGAGCUGCGCAGCAGCGUGGUGGAGCGGCCUCGCCGGCGUUCCUUUGCCAUCGGAGCGAGCCGGGCGCCAAGCACCAUGCCGCUCCGUGCAUUGCGUCGCUUCAGCCAGCUGCCGCAAGAUGCCGGCGCCUCGCCGUCGGUAGACGAAGACCUCAGCUUUGCUCGCUGGAAAGCGGCCUUUCACGCACGUCGCCUUGCCGAACAGAUGGUUGCCGAGGCUCAGCCAGUCGCGUCGCCCAUCGUCGAGGACAACGUCUCGAGCUUCGCCUCGCCCGUCGAGCUCAUCGCGAUCCGCGACACGUCGCUGCAGGUCACCGACGACUCCGACGUGCUCAGUCCCAUCUUGCCGAGCGCUCGCAGCGUCGUGCUCGACAUGGACGCCGCUGCUUCGCCCGCCACGUCGCUGUCCGACGCAGCGUCAGGCAGGAUGAUGAUCAAGCGUGUGCUCGUCUCGCACCUGCGUCUGCCGCUAUCGAACAGCCCCAGAGUGCGCGGCCGCAGCGCCACGCCAUCCUCGCUCCCUUUCCUUGCCGAGAGCGCCUCGCAUGAUCCGACGCCGGAGUCUAGGACGCUCAGUGCAAGCCUCGCACAACGCGCCAUCGAUGCGCCGCUGUCCUCGGAAACCGAGGACAUGGCCGGUCUCGGACUCGGCAUCUUUGUCGAGGAGGCACAAGCGCCUCUACAGCCUGCCGAGGAGUGGUUCGAUGCGCGCGAGAUCAUCGACGACGACAACAGCAGCAGCGUCCAGCUGCAGGGGGGGCGCACCAAGCCCGUCGAGGCUCGGCCGCCGGCAUUCCAGCCGCACAGGGUCGACGCGCUGCACCAGUCCGGCCACAUGGCCAAAGUUGUCGUGCCGUCCAAGGGCGACGCCUCUCCCUCGCUGCACCGUCGCGCCCUUCUCGGUGCCAGCGGCAUCUCUUCGCCCGUGCUCGGCGCCAAGGCAACUGGCUUUGUGCUUGCGCCGCGACACUGGAACGUCACGGGCACUGCUGCCAACAACAACAAGCACGCUGCAGGCGCCAAGGACGACAAGAAGAAGGCCAGCUCCUCCAACCCGUGCCCUCCCACGCCCACCGCUGCGCGCUCGGGCGUCGACGCCAAUGCGCACGCCAACUCGACUUGGAGCUCGCCCCAGGCGACUGCCUCGCCUGCGUUUGCCAACAGCACGAACAGCACGCCUGCGCUGGCGCAGACACCGACAAUGGCCAGCCUGCCUGCCUCGCCGCUCAUCGUACAGGCUGCGGCGACGGGCGCGCCGGAGCAGGCUCAACAGCAAGACGCACCGCCGCCGACCGCGGCUCCUCAGCAAGCACAGGGCGCCGCGGGUCACCUCACCACGGCCACCAUGGUCGCUGCCAGCGCCGCUGGCGCAUUGCUUCUCGUGCUUGCGUGCAUCUGGGCGUUCCUGGCGCGUAAGCGGCGCAACAAGCGCCGGCGCCAUCUGUCAGGCGUCAUGCGCCGCUUCGACGCCAAGCACGGCGGCGGCGGCAUGAACGACUCGGGCUCCAGUCUCGACGUCGUCAAGCCGGCCGCAUACGACCGCGAGCCCAAGGGCGGCUGGUCGGAGAAGGCCAUGCUGGCGUCGAGCAGCUCGGGCAUCGACAGCGCCGCCUACUUCAGCGCCAACAAGCCGCCGACGAGCUGCUCGGAGGAGCUCACCGUCAUCACGCCCUGGAUGCUCGGCGAGGACGGCAAGCCCGUCGGCUCGCGCAUCUCGACGGACCUGGCGCGCUCCGGCCUUGUAUGCGCCAGCCCCAGCAAGGACGCCACGUUCAGCUGGCAGCACCCCACGCUCUCGCUGCCGCCGGCCGCCGCACGGGCGCUCGUCACGAGCCACUAUGUCAAGAAGCGCACCACGCUGCCGGCCAAGGCAGCCGCAGCUGCUGCGGCCAAUGGCAACGGACUCUCGACUGCAAGCUCUCCGAAUCUGAGCUCGGCCGGCAGCUCGCCGACCUUCCCCGCUCCCGUGGCGCAGGACACGCCGGCGCACACUGCACCGAGCUCGGUCGCGGGCGCCGACGACACGCUGGCGUACGCGUCGUCAGCCUACAUCGACCCUGGCCUCCCGUCUGCCGCCUCGGCUCCGGCAGUCGCUAGCCUGCGCAGUGGGCCAGUGGCGUACGCUGCGCCCGAGUCUGUCUCGGCCAGCUCGAACAGCACCGACAACCGCGCGCCGUGGCUGUCCAACUUCCUGCGCGGUCUGCGCCAGACGACGUCGACGCCGCCGCGCGACCGUGCCAGCAUGGUCAUCAGCCCGCCGCACAGUCUGCCGAGCGUCUCGUCGGCCUCGAUGGCCGGACAGGCCACACCGCCGGCGAGCUACACGAGCGGCAGCGACUCUGGCAUCGUGCACUUUGUCACUGAGCGCGCGAGCGGGCCCGUCACCUCCUCGGCGUCAGUCUUUGGCGGCUCAGAGGCGCGGCACAUCGUCUCGAGCUCGACUGGCAAGGGCCGUGCCCGCUCGUCGACACUGACGCAGCCUGGGCGCAUCUCGCUCGCUGCCCUGCCUGCGCCCGCCAAGUCGUCCAGCAUCGAGCUGCCGCGCGCGGCAAAGUCGUCUGCGCCGCUCGUCAUCGUCUCGCGCCCGUCCGAGAUUCUCUCCGGCGGCACGCGACGCCUCUCCAACUGGCGCACCUCGCUGUCGACGUGCCGCGAGGACAGCCGAGACAGCCUGGCGCAGGCCGCCGCUGCUCCAGCUGCCGAGCGCCCCGGCAACAUGCGCCAGGGCACCUUUGGGCCCUCGUGGGCCGCGCUGCAGCCGCGCAGCGACUUUGACUCGAGCGAGGACGAGAUGCGGCAGGGCUACGAGGCCGGCGAGGAGACGGACGGCGAGCUGCCCUCGACGCUCUUCUCCGUGCGCUACCUCACCCAGCGCCCGCCCAGCGUGCCGAGCUCCGCCGCGACGGCCACGACAUCGUCGGGCCCCAGCAUGCCUCCGACGCCCACGAAGCCCUCGCUGAGCUCGAGCAGCUCGCCGAACGGCGUGCACAAGCGUGCGCCUCGCCUGCCGCCCAUGCCGCUCAUCACGCUCACGCUCGACGACGGCCUCGUGCAGCGGCCCCUCUCGCUCACCUCCGACUCGUCUGACGACGAGCCGGCGCCGAUCACGCCGACGUCGGCCACGCGGCCGCCCUCCGCCGUGUCGCAGACGCGCCUGGCGCUGCAGUCUGUCGACACGAUGGACGAGCUCAGCGACCUGGCGUACAAGACGGCGCCGUCCGACGGCCGCCUCAGCCGCGCCUCGCUGCGUCACUCGCGCGAGCUGCUGCCCGACGACGACGGCUAUGGUAGCGAUUCGGCGGAAGGCUGCCUCGAGGCCGACGACUUCCCGACGCUCCCGGCGUGGACGCCGAUGACGACUGGCCGGCGGCCGUCGUACUAGACCCUUUCCUCUUGCGCUGCCUCGCGCACGCACACACACUCUCUUCGCUCCGCUCCGCCUCCUGUAGCCUCGCAGCCCGCGCCCCUCUGUAUUUCUGCUCUCGCUCCCUCUCUCUCACUGCGCGCGGCGCAUGUAUCGGAUGUG